GCCCGCGGAGAGGGUGGUGCGGAGCAGGCGGCAGCCCCGCCAUCGUGGGUGCCGGUGCUGGAGCCGCUGCCCUUGGAGGUUUCCCUCGCCGUCGGCCGUCAUGGCCUUUGCGCCCAUGGGGCCUGAGGCCUCGUUCUUCGCGGUUCUGGACCAGCACAGGGCUUCCCUGCUGGCCGCCCUGAGGAGAGGCGGUGGGGAGCCCGCGGGCGGGGGGACGCCUCAGGCCUCGAGUUUUAACUUAAAAAAAGCUCUGAGGAGCGUGUGUGAGGAGAGAAAGAGGGAGGCUUGUGGAGAGACCUCGAGUUCUGAGGUUCUUGCAUCUAUAGAAAGUGUUAUCCAAGACAUAAUCACAAGCGUGGCAAGGAAUGAAGCACCUGCGUUCACAAUAGGCAACAGAUCAAGCUGGGAAAAUAUAAAGUUUGAAGAUUCUGUGGGUCUUCAGAUGGUAACUCACUUUACCACAAGAAAAAUCAAAAGUGAUUCACUAAAAUCAGUUAAAAAAUUUGCCCUAAUUCUUAAAAUACUGUCCAAGAUUUAUAAACUAGUACAGAGCAACACUUAUGCAACCAAAAGAGACAUAUAUUAUACUGACAGCCAACUCUUCGGUAACCAGACUGUCGUGGACAAUAUUAUCAAUGACAUUUCUUGUAUGUUAAAAGUGCCGAGGAUGAGUCUACAUAUAUUAUCUACAUCAAAAGGUUUAAUUGCUGGCAAUUUAAGGUACAUCGAAGAAGAUGGCACCAGAGUACACUGUACCUGUGGUGCAACAGCUGUUGCUGUGCCAUCUAAUAUUCAAGGAAUUCGAAAUUUAAUUACAGAUGCAAAAUUUCUAUUAAUUGUGGAAAAAGAUGCGACAUUUCAGCGACUCCUAGAUGACAACUUUUGCAACAGAAUGUCCCCAUGCAUCAUGAUUACGGGAAAAGGAGUACCUGACCUGAACACGAGACUUUUAGUCAAGAAGCUGUGGGAUACAUUUCAUAUUCCUGUUUUCGCUCUUGUUGAUGCCGAUCCACAUGGCAUAGAAAUCAUGUGCAUCUAUAAGUAUGGAUCAAUGGCAAUGUCUUUUGAAGCUCAUAAUCUCACAGUUCCAGCUAUCAGAUGGCUUGGUCUCCUCCCUUCUGAUAUUAAACGGUUAAAUAUACCUAGAGAUACUUUAAUUCCACUGACAAAACGGGACCAAAUGAAACUUGACAGUGUCCUAAAAAGACCUUAUGUUACUUGCCAACCAUUUUGGAGAAAAGAACUCUAGAAUGUUCUGGCUGACCUGAAGCCUAUUGUCCAUGAUUUGGGUGAGUAAAAUAAGUCUAGAUUUACUAGUUUGAGUCAACAGAGCGGUAGCACAGGACUCUGUCACAAGUGUACUUUGCUUUUAUUGACAGAUGGAAAUAAUGGCAGACUCUAAAAUGAAGGCAGAAAUUCAAGCUUUGACCUUCCUAUCAUCAGAUUAUCUCUCCAGAGUGUACCUACCUAACAAAUUAAAAUUUGGAGGAUGGAUAUAAAAAUAUAUCAGAAUAUAUCUUUUGAUUUGCAAGAGAUUUUUCAUUAGUUUUCAGUAGUAGAUACUGUUGUGGGAAGAACAUAUAUUCCUGAUUCUGUAGAGAUAAAAUAAUUUUCCAUUGGUGAUCUUUUUUGUCAAAACAGCUUUCUUUAGAAGACUUUGUUUUAUCCUUCUCUGUAGAGACUGAGUUGUAUCCUAUGUUCUAAAGUAAAUUAUAAAAGAGCAUAUGUUACUUUGGCUUUACCACUUUAUUUGAAAAAAUAUACAUGCCAUCAAAGUCUGCAGGAAUAUUUUAAUUUCUAUAAUGCAACUAAUGUUAAGCCAUAAAGCAUCUUUUUAGUAUCAAAACUAAUAAUCUAAAUUUGAGAGGCUGCAAAUGAAUUACAGUGUCUAGCAUUUCCUUUUUAGUUGCCCUUUUGUGUUUUGCCUUCAUGGUGUAGGGGUCGUACCCCCUUCAUUCACUUGUGAAAGUAGUAAAAUUUAUUAUGAAUAAAAAUUUGGGUUGAUACAGUCUGAAGCA